GCGGCUGCUUCAGUGUGCACGUCACACGCUCGCCGCUGGCGCUUCAAUUUAGUUUGUAUUCCGCGCACAUACAACUCCAGCCGAAAGGCAUGGCGUCCGUCACUUUAGGACAGCACCCUGCUCAACACCACCUCGACCCGGAUCAGCAACUUCUCCACAAACUGAAGUCGAGCGAAAGAAAGAAAUUCUCACGUAAAUGGUCGCUGGAGAAGAUCAUGCGAAACAGAGCGAGUGAUGUGGACAGCGCGAGAGCCGCAGUCUCAGCAUCGCUCUUGUUAUUCAAUCACGAGCCGCCUUCAGCAUCACACAACCGAGGCACUAGUGCCGGUUCGCCACGUAGUAAUAUGGACGGAUCUGUUGUGGACAUGGACCGAGAGAAUGUAAACAAUAAUAACGGAAUAUUUCGCAGACACAGCGCCGGGAGCCGGAGAAGCUCUGUGAAGGACACGGCAAAGAUUCACGCGUCCUCGUCUCCGCAAGAAGUUCGCAAUUCUUCGCCAGGGUCAAACUUAAGCUGCUCGUCAGACGAACUGGAGGGACUGCAGAUCGACAGGCUGACACAGGCAAGGUCAGGAGUAGUGAAGAUGCGAAGCGAGCCUCUGAGGAUGGAGGCAUGGUCCAUCUUCACCCCUAGAGACCCGAGGGUGAAGGCGGAGAGGGGAGAGGGCCACAUCUUCACCUCCAGGAGGCUGAGUCAGGACUGGUGCGACGCCUGCAGCCAUCAGAUCAACAGCGCUGCACUCAAGUGUCAAAACUGCAGCUACACAUGUCAUUUGGAGUGUCAGGGGCUUGUUCAGCUGGACUGCAACCAACUAGACCAGCAGACAGAGGACGUGUCUUCUCCCACUUCACAGAGACGCAGCGCCAAAGACCUUCAGGAGACAAGUGUCACAAAAGAGAAAGAGGAAGACAAACCAACAUCCCUCACAGAAGAAGAAAUUAAAGCAAAAAUAGACGACUACAACUCCAAAGUGACGGAGAAUGGAAUGAAAUUAAGCUCAGAUGGCACAUAUACUGGUUUCAUAAAGGUUCACUUGAAGUUGCGCAGGCCCGUGAUUGUACUUUCUGUGGACGGGAAGUUAGGAACGUGUUCCUCUUCUGAUAGUUCAGAUAAUCGCACAUCCUUCUACCUGCCCAGCGAAACUGUCAAGCAGCUACACAUCAGCAGCACCACCACGGUCAGGGAGGUCAUCCAGGGCCUGCUGAAGAAGUUCAUGGUGCAGGACAACCCACGAAAGUUUGCCCUCUACAGCCAGACCCGUCGAAACAGCCAGGAUCUUUUCCAGAAGUUGCCAAUAUCAGACUGCCCCCUCUACGUGAGGCUGUUAGCAGGGCCUGAUCUGGAGAACUUGACUUUUGUACUCAAGGAAAAUGAGACUGGUGAAGUGGAGUGGCAUGCAUUCUCAGUCCCAGAGCUGCAGAACUUCCUGAUCAUCCUGGAGAAGGAGGAGAAGGAUCGCAUACGGCAGGUGGAGCAGCGUUACACCGCCUACAAGGAGAAGUUGCAACAGGCUCUAUGUAAGGUCGAGGGCAAACCGGGCUAAUGUCGGACAGAGACUCGUUCACCCCACUGAGCCAACGCCGGGCCAGCCUGGAGGACCAGCAGCCCAACAGACGAACUCACUAAACCUCCACUCAGGACUUUGUACAAGCUCUUAGCAUGGCUAUGUGACCUUUAACCCCCAAAGAUGGGCAAAAAGGAUCGAGACAUGACUAAGACGAAGAGGAGGUUGGAACUAAAGAGUAAUCCUUCUCUCUGGAAAUGGCACACUGUUGAAAGCCCAGGAGUCUAUUUCUGGCAGUCAUGCUUUUUGAUAUUGAAUGGGAUUUGAAUCGGUUUCUCUCUUUGUUUUUACAUUGACCCCAUCUGUCUGUGUCUUUUUAUAUGCUGCUGCUAUUGCUGCUACUGCAAGUGUUACUUAAAGCAUGACUUUCCCUUUGGUCUCUCUGCUUGUGUCUACCGCAUGUCCUCUGUCAGGGAAUAUCUAUAAGAAAGAGGGAAGUAAAAAAAAAAAAGCACUUCCUGCUCAAAAAGGAAAUGGGGAGACUUAAGUUAUAAAAUAUGAUGCCUGCAAGAUUUCAGACUAAUAGUAAUUUUGUCCAUACACAGUUCAUAGACAAUUAAAACAUGCUACUGUAAUAAACAAUAAAUUAUACUCUUUAUACUGGAGAUUUUCUUACUAUAACUAUAGUUGAACUGUAUUAGUGAUCAUUUUUCACCCUACAGCUCACAGAGUCAAAAUAUCUCUAUUUAAAUAUUCAAAAUAGCUACACAUCUCUAUGGUAACUCUGUCGCUGCAUCUAUAAAAAAAAGUGUUGAAACUGCUCAGACGCUGAUAUUUUGAGCUCCUCGAGAAAUGUGAAAUGGCUCAAUGGCCCCUCAUCCUUUCAGGUGUCCUAGGAUAGCAUUUAAAAACACUCAGUACUCAGUCUCUUCAGUGGGCCACCAGUUCUCAAUGUGCUGGGAGCAUCGGUGGAUGUGAGGAUUGUGGAAUGUGGUUAUCUGGUAAGCUUUUCUGAAUCACGUCAGCUUUAAGCACAUAAUACAGGUCAUAAUACAUAAUAAGGUCAAGUUAGAUUAGAGGGCAUCUCCUAGAUCAGCACUCUUAAAUACUCUAUGGAUCCAAACCACUGCAUAUCACCAAAGGAAAACAAGUUCCCCAUAUUUUAAUUACAAAGCUAUUUGCGAGGCAAUAUAGAGAUAUUCCUGAUAAUGUAAAGUGGAGUCAGGAUGUCUAUGGUUUGCACACCACUCCUGGUCAACCAGUAUGUAAAGUAGUCAAUAUUAUUUUAUAUAGGGGACAUGAGAUUGAUUUAACAAUUUUCCCUUCUUUUUUGUGCUUUGAUAAUCUGCAUUUUAUUUUUUUAUGUGCAUACUUUGGUCUGAAAAAUUAUGCAGGAGCAUGUGAAUUGAAUGUGUUUGUGACACUGGGGGAAUUUUGCAUUCUAAAGCACUGAAGCGGUAUUCCAUAUUGGUCUGGAAUAAUUGUAAACAUUUUAAUUUAAUGUUCAAGGCACUGAUGUAUCAUUUUUCAUUUCCCUUAAAAGCAUAUUUAAGUCCCAAUCUUUUAAAGAACCAUGUGGUUAUAAUAUUUGACCUGUAUGUUAGUAGAUGGUACUUUAGAGUCAUGCGUUAUCAUUUGGAACACUGUGGCUGUGCCCAUGUUCUUGGCCUGUAUAUUUUGAUUUUGAAUUGGUACACCUCCUGGUGGACUGGAAGUCUCACUUCCACCCUUAAGCAAGCGGCAGGGCCUCGUAUGUCUGCUCGGACUACUUCUCCCUGACCGCCAUGUUCCUGCUGGCAGUGCCUUUAGUCUCCGUGUAGCUUCUUUUGACUGUGUACUGUACAUAUGCUUUAGAUGUCUGGCCCUAUAACUCCACGUUGAGAAAUUUCACACACAUUCAGUGGCAGUAUCCAGGUGCUUUCAAUGUCAGAGCCAUUAAGUCCAUGUGGGACUUUUUGGGACCAGUGAUUCCAAAUGUUGAGGUGUGUGUGAGUGUGUGUGCGAGUGUGCUUGUGUGCAUCUGUUUUAUUUAUUUUUUUGGCUCAGUUUCUGUGUGUGUAAACUUGAAUAUUUGGACAAGUCAAUACUAUCGGGCAAUCUUUUUUUGUUGUUUCAGAGUAUCAAAUGUUAAAAAGGUCUAUAAAGCUGUAAUGUAAAUAUACUUAAGAAUGAAAUAAAAGGUCACCCUUUAAUGGCAA